AUGUUAACUAUUAUUAUUCUAUUCUAUUCCCCCGUCUCAAUUAUUAUCAAUCAAUACCAGCUUUCCUUAUCCGCCCAUUGUUUUUAUAUAGCUUUUGGAUUCAAUCUGAAGAUUGGAGCCUCGGAUUCUGUUUUGGUAAGGGGCAUUUGAGUUUAAGAGUUGAUCUUUUGUUUGUCCGGCAAUGGCGAGUGCUAUUGGGAUGAUUGGUGGGAAGGGUUGUUCCUCGUGGAUGCAAGUUAAGGAAAAGGGAAAGAAGAAGAUGGCCAACAGAGUUAGAGUUUAUUGUUCUUCUGCUCCGUCGGUGAUGGAUCCUUAUAAAACUCUCAGGAUCCAACCCGGCGCCUCUGAAUCUGAAGUCAAAAAGGCCUUCAGGCAACUUGCCCUUCAGUAUCAUCCGGACGUUUGCAGAGGAAGCAAUUGUGGGGUUCAGUUUCAAACGAUCAAUGAAGCUUAUGAUAUAUUGAUGAGUAGAUUGAGAGGAGAAACAAAGGCAGCAGAAGUGUAUGAGGAAGAGAUAGAUGAGCCAAUGAGAGGAAUGGAUGAUUCAGAUUGGGAUUUGUGGGAAGAAUGGAUGGGAUGGGAAGGAGCUGGUAUUCGUGACUAUUCUUCCCAUAUCAAUCCCUACAUUUGAUCCUUCAACUGUACAUUACCUCUCUUUUUUCUUUGUGGAAAUCCAAAUACUACCGGUGGCUGUGCCCCCCUUCUGUGUAUAUAAAAACAACUCUAAUUGUAUCAAUUUCUCAUGAAAACAAGCGUCACAAGUUAAAUAAAUAAAUUCGAUUUUAUCA